AAAGUCCCUCGGGUUGAUUGUGUGACUGCGGAAGUCGAUUCCAGGAACACCUAAAAGAGCAACUCCAGUUCAUUUCAACGCUGUUUACAUUGGUCUCUCAAGUGGAAAACAACACAUAACUGCCCAAAACUACCGGGGGCCAUGGAGUUAAAUGGCAAAGAGGAACUCAAAGGACCCGUGUUGCAUAUCGUGGUAGUCGGAUUUCAUCACAAGAAAGGCUGUCAGGUGGAAUACUCCUACCCUCCCCUCAUCCCCGAGGAGGGCCAUGACAGCAACAACCUGCCUGAGGAGUGGAAGUACCUGCCUUUCCUUGCCCUGCCUGACGGAGCACACAACUACCAAGAAGACACCGUGUUCUUCCACCUCCCUCCUCUCGCUGGAGCAGAUGUGAAGUGUGUGUACGGAGUCUCCUGCUAUCGCCAAAUAGAAGCUAAGUCCCUGAAGGUCCGUCUGGCUGACGUCACCAGGGAGACGGUCCAGAAGAGUGUGUGUGUCCUCAGUCAAGUGCCUCUGUACGGUCUCCUACAAGCUAAACUACAGCUCAUCACACACGCCUACUUUGAGGAGAAGGACUUCUCACAGAUUUCGAUAUUGAAGGAGUUGUAUGAACACAUGAACAGCUCUCUGAGAGGGACAGCUCUAGAGGGAUCCCAAGUGUUCCUGGGUAUGUCACCAAGAGAUUUAAUACUGCACUUUCGACACAAGGUUCUGAUCCUCUUCAAACUGAUUCUGCUGGAGAAGAAGGUCCUGUUCUACGUGUCUCCCGUCAACAGGCUAGUAGGAGCUCUGAUGACCGUACUGUCUCUGUUCCCAGGUAUGAUCGAGCACGGCCUGGCUGACUCCUCCCACUACCGGCCCAAGAGCAGCGUCUCCGAGGAGAUCACACUAGUACACUGUGUGUCUGGGGCAGAGGACUUGGUCUCUGUUUCCGUCACUGACAUCACCAACGCUACCGCGGAGCUAAUAGGGGAGGAAGGCUUCGGAGAGGACCACACCACCUCUACCGUGAAGGCUUCACGGAGGACAUCGCCUUCCCCAGAGACCUCCACCCCAGCUAGGGAGAACACCCAGCUGAAGCCCCCCUCCCGGACUUCCCCAGACUCCUCGGAGAGCGACUGGGAGACACUGGAUCCCAGUGUUUUGGAGGAAGGGACUAGAGACUCUGAGACGGGGGGUUCAGGGGGUCUGGAGACGGGUAUCCCCAUCACGGUGCAGCCCCGGGGCCUGUUGGCAGGGCCAGGAGGCCAGGGAGCCGUCUCUCAGGGCUUGGUGUCUGGACUGGAAGAGGACCAAUAUGGCCUGCCGCUCGCCAUCUUCACCAAGGGUUACCUGUGCCUGCCUUACAUGGCCUUGCAGCAGCACCACCUGCUGUCAGAUGUCACGGUGCGCGGCUUUGUUGCCGGGGCAACCAACAUCCUCUUCCGUCAGCAGAGGCACCUGAGUGACGCAAUCGUUGACGUGGAGGAAGCUAAGCUCCAGAUCGGGGACCCUGAGUUGAGGAAGCUGCUAGGCCUGACCACGGCUGACCUGCGUUUUGCUGACUACCUGGUCAAACACGUGACGGAGAACCGUGAGGACGUGUUUCUGGAUGGGACCGGCUGGGAGGGAGGGGACGAGUGGAUCAGGGCCCAGUUUGGACUCUACAUACACUCCCUCCUAUCCUCUACCUUACUAGAAGAUAAUGAGAAGUUGCUAGCGGACUGGGGCACUCCCUUCAUCUCAGCCUGGAGGAUCACACGCAACUACAGAGUGUGGUUCAUCAACAAGCACCCAGCCAUGGCCGAGAUCACCCCAGGUCAUCCGUUCCAAGGACAGUACAGUGCUGCUGAUCUGAAACUAAGAUUCUCACACUCGGUGCAGAACAGUGAGCGCGGGAAGAAGAUGGGGGCAGCUGUGAUCACCACCAGUCGGAGUGUUGUGCAGACUGGGAAGGCAGUAGGUCAGUCGGUGGGUGGAGCUCUGAGCAGCGCUAAGUCAGCCAUGUCCUCCUGGUUCUCUACACCGCCAGCUAUCGUACCCACUCCAGCAGCCUCACCAGAGCCUCCGUUACCUACAGAGACCAAGCCUUGAACACCUGCCUGCCCCCCUCACCCAGUCUCUUCUCACAGCAGCUGUCUAGUGGGAGAGACUAGGGUUAACCUACCCCCCCUCAACAGUCUUCCCCUGACUCUCUCAAUUCAUCUUCCCUUGAUUUCUUGCACUCUUUCUCCUCAUUCUCAAACCCCAUUGGAGAAAAAAGUCAGAGGGGGGAGGGAUCUUGGACUGUGUCCUCCAAUACAGUUGAGGCAAGGAGAUACUUCUCCUCUCAGAUCACAACAUUUUUUAUUUAACCUUUAUUUAACUAGGCAAGUCAGUUAAGAAUAAAUUAUUAUUUACUAUGAUAGCCUACCGGAGAACAGUGGGUUAACUGCCUUGUUCAGGGGCAGAACGACAGAUGUGUACCUUGUCAGCUCAGGGAUUUGAUCUUGCAACCUUUCAGUUACUAGUCUAACGCUCUAACCACUAGGCUACCUGCCACCUCUACACUAUAACCACUAGGCUACCUGCCGCCCCUACACUAUAACCACUAGGCUACCUGCCACCUCUACACUCUAACCACUAGGCUACCUGCCACCCCUACACUCUAACCACUAGGCUACCUGCCGCCCCUACACUCUAACCACUAGGCUACCUGCCACCUCUACACUCUAACCACUAGGCUACCUGCCACCUCUACACUCUAACCACUAGGCUACCUGCCACCUCUACACUCUAACCACUAGGCUACCUGCCACCUCUACACUCUAACCACCAGGCUACCUGCCACCUCUACACUCUAACCACCAGGCUACCUGCCACCUCUACACUCUAACGACCAGGCUACCUGCCACCUCUACACUCUAACCACCAGGCUACCUGCCGUCCCUACACUCUAACCACGAGGCUACCUGCCACCUCUACACUCUAACCACUAGACUACCUGCCUCCUCUACACUCUAACCACUAGGCUACCUGCCACCUCUACACUCUAACCACGAGGCUACCUGCCACCUCUACACUCUAACCACUAGGCUACCUGCCACCUCUACACUCUAACCACCAGGCUACCUGCCGUCCCUACACUCUAACCACUAGGCUACCUGCCACCUCUACACUCUAACCACUAGACUACCUGCCUCCUCUACACUCUAACCACUAGGCUACCUGCCACCUCUACACUCUAACCACUAGGCUACCUGCCACCUCUACACUCUAACCACUAGGCUACCUGCCACCUCUACACUCUAACCACUAGGCUACCUGCCUCCUCUACACUCUAACCACUAGACUACCUGCCUCCUCUACACUCUAACCACUAGGCUACCUGCCACCUCUACACUCUAACCACUAGGCUACCUGCCACCUCUACACUCUAACCACUAGGCUACCUGCCACCUCUACACUCUAACCACUAGGCUACCUGCCUCCUCUAUACUCUAACCACUAGGCUACCUGCCACCUCUACACUCUAACCACUAGGCUACCUGCCACCUCUACACUCUAACCACUAGACUACCUGCCUCCUCCACACUCUAACCACUAGGCUACCUGCCACCUCUACACUCUAACCACGAGGCUACCUGCCACCUCUACACUCUAACCACUAGGCUACCUGCCACCUCUACACUCUAACCACUAGACUACCUGCCUCCUCUACACUCUAAC